CCGGGAUUUGUUUUUUACGGUUUCUUCUUUUUUUUACGUUUUUUUCUUUUUUGUCUAUUCCCUAUUUUUCCCUUAUUUUACCUCUGGGAGCUAAACCAGUCAAUUUUUGUUAGCUUUUUAUGAGGUUGAUUGUUCCUCCUCCUCAUUUAGAUAAAUUUCAGUUAGAAUAUCUAAUCAGUAUAUCCGAUGAUUUCCUGGGAUCCUUCAACCAUAUAUGCAAAUCUGAGUUGUAUUUUUCAUGUGUAACAGGGAUCCUGCCGACAAAAAAAAAUUCCCGAUUUUGGCAAUUCGGCAUCCUGACCCAAAAAAUCCUCGGGAAUUCCCGAUUUUCGGGAAUCGAGACGACGGGAUCCCUGAUGAAACAGAGAAAAUGGGCAAGAAAUACUAUAAAACCCCUUUUUGUUUUAAUAAGGUCCACGUAUUCCUCGGCCAGCCAACAACCCCAGGCGCUCCCUGCCCUGGCGAGGAUAAAACGGUCUAUCGACGCGGCGCCCGUCGUUGGGUUCACAAAAAGAAAUAUUUCAUCAGCGGGCAUUGUUUCCAGCCUAAACGAUUAAAUAAAAGAACAAUCUGUGCUUUGUGUGAGGACACAAUUUGGGGAUUGGGACAUGCAGGUUUUCGAUGUAUGGACUGUGGAAUGUGUGUACACAAAAAAUGUCAUAAAUAUGUUGCUGAAAAGUGUUGUUCGAGAACUUUUGUGGUAGGGGAGGAAAAUAGUGGAGGAGGUGGUAUUUCUCAACAUAAAGUGCCGUCUUUGAAGAGUGCUACGUCUAUUAGAGGAGAUGAAAAUUUGGUGCCUUCAGAGCAUCAAAAAAUUGAAAGAACAAUUUCCAAUACGAACGGAAUAACAGAUCCCAAUUUAUUAGAAGUUGGUGGAACAGUUGGAAAUGGGGGAGAUUUACCUGUUCAGUGGAGCAUGGGAUUAGAUGACUUUGAAUUACUUACGGUGAUAGGACGUGGUUCAUAUGCUAAAGUUGUGCAAGCUGAACAUAGGCGAACAGGCCAAAUUUAUGCGAUAAAAAUAAUCAAGAAGACUGUCUGUAUUGAUGAGGAGGACACUGACUGGAUCCAAACAGAAAAAUCUGUUUUGGAAACGGCUUCCAACCAUCCCUUUCUUGUUGGAUUGCAUUCUUGUUUUCAGACUGCUUCUCGCCUCUUUUAUGUCAUCGAAUUUAUCCCUGGCGGUGAUUUAAUGUUCCAUAUGCAAAGACAACACAAACUACCUGAAGAACAUGCACGUUUUUAUUCUGCUGAAGUUAUUUUAGCUCUACAUUUUUUGCAUACUAGAGGCAUAAUUUAUCGAGAUCUAAAAUUGGAUAAUGUACUAUUAGACGCUGAAGGACAUGUCAAAUUGACUGAUUUUGGGUUUGUUUUUGUAUUUUUAUAA